AGAUGCCAACUCAACGUUGUUUGUGUUGUAUUCGACUUCGUGUUCUGCUUCUGUCUUCUGUUCUGUUUGUGCGGUCUGCGGUGUCUUGCUGCUCCGAUAUAUACCGUAUGGCUUUUUUAUUUGAUCUUUACAAUCAAAUAUAAGUUAGUAGACAACGGUUUAAAUUUACAGUGAUAACCUAUCAUAUUUCCCAUUUAAUUGUACUAAAGUACUUUUUUUAAAAUGGCUAUCAAGGGCAGAAAGAGCUCUACAAAGAAUCCUCCAAUUUUUAGUCAUGAAUUUGUCAUACAAAAUCAUGCAGAUAUUGUAUCCUGUGUUGCUAUGUUAUUUGUGAUUGGACUUAUGAUCCAGGUGACAUCCCCAGUUGCGUACAUGUUCAUCGCAGUUCAGCACAACAUCGCACCACCAGACAGCAGUGCAACAGAAUCAACGACCGUUGACUCAGCCACCCAGUACACCUACGGACCCAAGGACUUCUGUGCAAUAUUUUUCUAUUUUCUUAUAUGUAUCGUUAUGCACGCAAUCAUCCAAGAAUACUUUCUCGACAAAAUCAGUAGAAAGCUUCAUUUGUCGAAAGUGAAGCACAGCAAAUUCAACGAAUCAGGCCAACUUCUUGUAUUCUAUAUCACAUCUGUGCUUUGGGGAGGAGAUGUUAUUUUCAAGGAAAACUACCUCAUGAACAUUUCAUCAUUGUGGGAAGGCUAUCCUCACACAAACAUGGUGUUCAUGUUCAAAUUCUUCUUCAUCAUUCAGAUAGCCUACUGGCUGCACUGCUACCCAGAACUGUAUUUCCAGAAAAUAAAGAAAGAGGAGAUGCCAGCUAGGAUCCGAUACGCUACAGUUGGUCUGUUCUAUGUAGCUGCUGCCUACCUUCUCAAUUUCAACCGAGUGGGCAUCUGCCUGCUGAUGCUGCACUACCUGUCGGAGGCGCUGUACCACAUGGCUCGCAUCAUCGACUUCAUCGACAAGGAGGAGAAGGGCAGCAAGGCAGGCUACUUGGCCUCUAACGUGGUGUUCGUGACGGCACGGCUCGGCUCCAUCAUCCUGUCGGUGCUGACCUUCUGGUACGGCCUGGCACUGAGUGAGACGCAGGGUCUGGACGUGCCGACUGGCAACUUCAAUGUGCCGGCCAUUCGCCUGACGGCACUCGUCGCCGUCUGCCUGCUGCAGGCCUACCUCAUGUUCCACUUCAUCACCGACCAGCUCAGGCAGUUGCGCGAGCAGGCGCCGCCUAGUGUGGCCGCCGCCAAAAAGGCGCCCGCCAAGAAAGUCGCCGCCAAGAAGAAGAAGGAGGACUCUAAGCGAGCAGUUGAUGAUGACGUCAACGAACUGACAGAGGUAGAUCAAAAUACCAAAAAGAAUUUGAAAAACAAGACAAAAGUAAAAUAAGUAAUCUGAUAUUCUAUUUAGAUUUCCAGUUGAAAUCUAUAUCAUUCAGGUACUUGUACAUUAGGACAUAGUAGUGAAUUCUCCAAACUUCUAUCUCUGUGUAUAAUGUAACAGUAUUCUCUCGACUGUCAAAUACGUAACAAUUUAUCCUGCAUGAUUUAUUAAAAUAUGUUUUUAUUAUACAACAGUGGCGGCUCCACUUAAGGUUGCAAGGUUGCACAACCCCCAACAAAACAAGCAAUAGAAAGACACUUUCCUUUUUUGAAAUUUCCUAAUAACAAUUUGAUGGUAAUAUUAUUGAAAAUUAUUUUCUCAAUUCCCACAAAAUUCAUACAGCAGAAAGUCAGAACAGAUAGUACAACAUUUUGAAUUUGCGCGGUCCGAAGAAGGAACGCAUAGCAUUUGCAACCCCCUAAGACCCGUCGCUUAUAAUACGGGAGAAUAACAUUGGAAGCCUAAAGUGCUGGCAAAUCAGUUGGUUGCUAUGACAACGGAAGGCUUUCUAUAGGUGCGUACAGACUUUCGCUCUGCUCGGCAACCGAACGUCACUCGACCGGGGAGCAAGAGUGGAACGCGAGAAGAGCUAACAUCACGUUCAUGAUCGGUGCGACUGCAGAUCGGGGACUGAGCGAUUGCAGAGCGAUGGCGGAACGAGGGCGGAGCUUGCGCUGAGCGGGUUGGAGGCGCGUAUAUCUGUACGCUUAAGGAUCGCAUGGUUGCAGCGUUCCUACAACCAGUCAUUGUAUAGAAACUACGAUACCAACAAUAUCGAUCUAUGAAGACUGUCUUCGUAUAGAUAGUCGAUAGUAUCACACUAAAGACGACAGACCACGUUGAAAAGUUUUGUUUGUUUUGAUUUGAGGAUUGUAAGUGAUGGAGUAGGCUAAUAAACGAAAUAAACGUGUGUGUGUAAUAAACGAGGAUAUGUAAGUGAUCGUGUAAUAAACGAAAGCUAUAUUUAUUCUAUUGAAAAUUUAUUGGAUGAUUGGAUAUUUAGUUAAUAGCAAUUGAGAACGAAAUUAAACUUGAGAAGUUUGUAAGACCUCCAAAUCUUGAGAAUUCCACACACGCUGUAAGGGUUUGCGUGAACGCGUAAGUACAAGCGGCAGUUGAAAAAAAUAAUUUAUUGGGCUAUUGUAUUUCCAGGCUAAUAAUAUUAAGACUGAUCUGAUGUAAAACAGUUUUGGGCUUUCUAUUGCUAUUGUAUUGUUUGAAUCUUGUAACUUACGGUAUUCAUUUCACUUAUUGUUAUCUCUUACAGUGACUUGGAAUUUUGUUGGAAAAAUUAUAUAAUUUAAGAUCUAUGUAAUGAUAAUUUAAUAAUCCCUAUUUAUUGCUUUCUUAUUUACUAUGAAAGUUAGGAUUGGUAUCUGCAACCUCCAAACUAUAUUUAACCAGUCGCCACUGUUAUACAAUGACAUUCAUCACAAAUUUGUCUCACUAGCACUAUCAAAUAAUGAAAUCCUACGCUCAAUGUUUACAUUCAUUAAGAUUCUAAUUUAAUAAUCGGUUGUAACUUUUCUGUAGGUUCUCGAAAUGAGUGUUUCAAAAUAUUAGUAUCUGUCUCAUCAUCAUCCUAAUGAUGAUAAACAUUAAUUUGUGCUAAUAAUGUUAUUUUGAAUAAAUAUUGAUUUUUCUUUA